GUCAAACUGAAUUCAAUUUGUAACCGUUUAUUUAUUGCCUUUAUUAUCAUCCUCAACAAUCAUUAUUAUCUAUCGUUUCAAACCGAUUACUUGCAAAUAUUUUUCAAAAUGCCAGAAAUAAUCACCACCGUCCCACCGUUUGGAUUCACUGUAGAAAAUUUAAGCGAGGGGGACGCUCUCUCUACUGAUCGUUCAACGACAUCAGAUCUCGCUUCACCUAAUAGCAGCAGUGGUAUUAGAUCCACUGAUGAUGACUCGACUAGAUGUAAGCCACCGCAGAUGAAAAGCGGACAAACCAAGAAGUCUCGUCGAUCCAUCGGCCGACGGUACCAGAAAAGGGUUUCGGCAAAAGUUGAUUCACCACAAAAGUGCGCCGCUGCUCUCAAUCUGAAAUCUCAAAUUCCACGUGCCUUGUUAUUUACGCCAACAUCGUCCCCGGCUUCGCUUAUCACAAAAGUUUCUCGCUUCUUAUCGCCGAAGCCAAAUUCCAAAGCAAACUGCACCGAAUGUAAAACCAUAAAAUCGACUGAUGGGCAAAUACUAACUAACGUAGAAUUAGGGGCAACGCAAGAGGCCGUAGAUGCCACUUUUCAAAACCUGGAAGUUGUCAAAGUAUCGAAUUUACGUUCAAGCCCAAAUCCUUUCCAAGGACGAAAUACAGCUGCUAUUUUGAACUUUCGAAUACGCAAAUCUGUUACGCAAAUGGAUUUACGACGUACUCGUCGUGAUAAUAGCAAAAGCUUCGAAUUGCUGACUGCGUCACAGCCCCAGUCACUUAGUGGAUUGUCAGGAGAAGCUAGUGCAUUGCUGUCGAAUAGAGAAACGGGUAUAGCAGGCAUUUUAGGUGGCUCGAGUCAAUCGUCAUUAGUAAAUAAAAUGUUUGACCAGAAUAAUUAUUACUAUGUAAUCCAAGAUCGCGAUCCAAAGGUUGCAGGAAUGCGUAUUUUUGCAACAAUUAUGCUUAACGCCUGGCGUAAGCGACGUGAUGAGGUGAAACGCCUUAUGGAGGAAGUAAACCAUUUAAAGCGUGGUUCCGUCAAAGCAAAAAAUCAACUGCAUGUAUUCAAUACACUUUUCCGAGUCGAGCAAAAGCGUAAUAACGAGUUGAGUGUCCAACUGAAACGCUCCUUAGAGGAUAUCAACAACACAAAAUCCUCUUGCGAGAGUCUAACUACUUCACUUAUCAGCUUGAAGGCUGACAGAGCUCUUCUGGAACAGCAGAUUCAAAUGAAAGAGCAAGAAUUUGACGGUCUCAAUACUAUUCUCAGCCAGACAAAGUCCGACCUAUUUAAAGCAAUGGCUCAACAGCGAGAACUACAAGCUAAUUUGUCAAUCGAGCAGCGCAAGGUGCAAACACUCGAAGCACAAAAGAAUGAGCUCAUUAAUGAAAUUUGCGAGAUAAAUAGUGCAUCUUUGCUAAAGGAGGAAAUUUUGAACAAUGACAUAAAGGCGAAAGACAAUGCUUUAACCGAGGCGCUCAAUAAACUGGAGUCAUACGAAUGGGAAAUCAAAGAGUUAAAGCAGAAAACAUUAAUUUUGGAUAAUUGCUUGGCAGUGGAAUCGAAUUUGCGAAAAGAAGUCUCUAAUUUAUCGCAUGAGGUGGAAACUCUGCAACAAUGCUUAGCUGCUACAUUGGGCAACCGCUUGCGCACCUGCUGGAACAACUCGAUUGCGUAUCAGCGUGCCACAAUGCAGCUGGUGCAUUGGAUUGCUUAUUGUACGCUCCCUGCCACACCAGCACCAAAAAUCUCUGCAUUCCCGUUUGGUCUAACCCUUGAGAAGGCUUUGAGUAUAGUUAAACGUUAGCGCUUUCCUCACGUAACGCAUACCGAGUUGAUCACAGCUACUUGCUUUCUUUUAAUUGUAAUUAUUUAAUUUAUUUCCAUAUUUUAUAUCUUCGAUUUUGAGUUAUCGCGUGGUGGCUUAAUAUACGCUCUAUGUAUGAUAUGUUAUCAAGAUGAAUAUGUACAUACUAAUAAUGCUAAUAAUGAGACGUAUCCAAUAAAUUAUGGUUAUAUUGACCAAUUCUUAUGAACCA